UCCAGUAACUUCAUCGGAACCGACCCUUCUGAGGAAACGCCUCCCACUGCUGGGAAACCGAAACUUUAAAAGGCUGAACCUCCGAACCUCCUCCAUUUUACCUCAAACUCCGCGAAGGACACUUGCUGCUCCACAGCCCGGUUCUGGUGUCGGUUCUGCUCAUGGCUUUCAACCAGUCUCCGUUCUACAACCCGCCGAUCCCCUUCACCGGAUCCAUCCAGGGCGGCCUGCAGGAGGGGAAGUCCAUCAUCAUCAGCGGGCGCGUCACUCCAGGCGGGGACAGGUUCAGUGUGAACCUCCAGUGCGGCUCCAGGAGCGGCGCGGACAUCGCCUUUCACUUCAACCCGCGUUACGAUGGCGGCCAUCCCUACGUCGUCGCCAACAGCUUCCAGUUCGGCAGCUGGGGAUCCGAGGAGAGGAAGCAUCAGGCGCCGCUGCCCAGCGGCAGCAACUUCACCCUGCAGAUCACCGUCAGCCGGGACUUCUACCAGGUCAGUGUGAACGGCAGCCACUUCAUGGACUACCGGCAUCGGGUUCCGUUCCAGCAGGUCGACACCAUCGCAGUCGCUGGGAAAGUGGAAAUUUCCUCCAUUUCCUUUUCCACUCCAGUGCCGUUUCCGCAGCAGGCUUUCCCAACCCAAGCCGGCUUCCCGUCCUACCCUGGCUUCCCCGCCCAGCCUGGAUUCCCAGGCCAGCCUGGAUUCCCCCCUGCAGCGCCUGUUGUUCCGUACAAGAACUUCAUCAGCGGCGGACUCCAGCCCGGCAGGACCAUCACCAUCCAGGGCGUCGUACUGCCCAGCGCCACCAGGUUCAACGUGAACCUGACGCACCAGUCUGGCAUCGCUCUGCAUUACAAUCCACGAUUCAACGAGAACGCUGUGGUCCGAAACACCAAGCAGUGGGACAAGUGGGGUUCUGAGGAGCGCGGCGGCGGCAUGCCCUUCCACCGGGGGCAGCCUUUCACGCUGACCGUCAUCUGUGAGAACAACGCUUUCCGUCUGGUGGUGAACGGGAUGCAGGCCCACACCUACCGCCACCGCUUCACUCCGCUGCAGAACAUCAACGGCCUGGAGAUCGAAGGAGACAUCCAGCUGACCUCCGUCAUCGUUUAGGUUCUGAUCCGACAACCCUGAAAACCUGGAACCUCCUGCUGUUAAAGAAGCAGGCUGUGGUGUUCACUGCCAUCUAGUGGUCAAGCUGUAGAUGGCAACCAAACCAUCUCUUGAAGGACUUGUUGUUUCAUGUGAUAAAAAUGACAAACGUCUAAAUUGGUUUCUGUUUUUGCUUCAUUUAUUCACUUUGUUUCUGCGUUCAUUGAAUGUAAGCAGCUUGUUUCUCAGACCCCCUGCGGUGCUUCAGCUCACGCUUCAUUCAGUAUAAUCCAUUUCAUGGCUGCUUCCAACAUUAAUAAAACAUGUCAUAGUUAA